AUGGCUCCCUCCCCCUUAGGCCGACUGCGCAUCGUGUGGCACGCACUCGCGCACGAGCCGCUCGUCGACGUCGCAAGCCAGAUUGCGCACUCUGACGCCCACAUUCGCCGCCUCGAGUACCAGGGCUCGCCCCAGGUCGAGGUGGACGAGGCAGAGCGCGAGCGCACGGCCCUCGUCGGGCAGUCGCACAGCGCAGAGGUCGUCGAGCUCCUCGCCGAGUCGGAGCGGAUCGUGACAGCUUUGGACCGCGAGCGUGCCGAAGCCAACAAGCACAAGCUGAGCCUGCCCAAGAGCACGGCCGCUCAAGUCGCCGAGCGCGACCAGGCUUUCCGCAAGGCCGAAGCGCUCGCAGACGCAUGCGAGGCUGCCGACGCAGUCGUCGACGUCGGCGAGCUCGCCCUGCAGCGCCACCUGGCCGCGCGUCCUGCCCAUUCGCUCGCGCAUGCACGGGCGUACCGUCACCAUCGUUCGAGCAGGCGCUCGAGCGUGGACGAGCACGAGGACACGUCGCUCGCGAGGGCGACGAGGCAGCACUGGAGCGCGUUGAGCUUGAGGCAGCGGGCGCUGUACUUUGGCGCGAGGCAUCCGUUGCGUGCCGAGACAUGA